UCGCCAGAAAGCCGGCCGGCUGACUGAAACCAGUCGUUUGUCUGCAAAGAAAGAGCUGAACAAUUAUUACUCAUUGCCACCCACAUCGUGGUAGCAGCGGCGUGAAUCUUCGCGGUCGGGGAUGAUGCUGGCGUAGUGUACGAUCCUUUCACUGCCGGGGGUAUCCUUAUAUAUAGAAGUAUUCGAUCAAAGCACGCGUUGCAAUGCUUCGAGGCUCGUGUCGAACGACUGAGGACUCGAUCAUGGCGAUUAGUCAUCUCGAAAGGAUCGGUAUUGUCUUUUUCAUCGCCACGAUCAUCUCUGGAUCAGGAGUAAAAGGUACGAACAAUGGGAUCGGCGGCUUAGCGUACGGCGGCGCUUUCGCGUCCGCGAAUGCUUAUGCGAGCGCAUCUGCCGGCACAUCCGCGCUCGGUGGCAUUCUUCCGGGUGUGGACGCUGGCCACGAGGGACACAAAGGAAUUCGGAGCUACAACAGUGGAUCCGCUGAUAAUCAGCCUGGUAACGGAGGCAAAGCCUGCCAGAAAUGUAAGUGGGAAGACGACGAUUAUUGGGAAAAGGAGGAAGAGGAAACGGAACCGGAGGAAAGGAACGAAGACGAGUGCGAUGACGGAGACGAUGGCCAGUACAGAGAUAAGUACAGCCACGGGCAUGGAAGUAAAACUGGUUCCCCUGCAGGGAUACAGAAAGUUGGGAUUGUUACUCCUGGUGGUCAGGUGCCAUCUACGGCCGCUGGCAGCUCUGCAAGUAGCGUGAGUAACGUAGGAAGUGGAACACCGUUUGGGUCACCAGUCAAACAUGGAUAUCCUGGAAGUGGAAGUCCAACAGGAGGUUCUCCAUGGAACAAGGCGUCCCCGGCCCCGGGUGUUGGUACUCAGGGACCAUCAAGUUGGAACUCUGGCGUUGGAGCAACUCCCAAACCUAGUUGGAAUCAGGGACAAAGCGGUUCGAAGCCUGGACCAUUUGGAACUGCUCCACAAACUGGCAGUACCUGGAACACAGGCCCUGGAGGUGCGGCCCAACCGGGUGCACCUGGUCAGCCCGGUGGAAGUUGGAAUAAUAAACCAGAAACAGGUUCUGGAUGCUCCAACAGUCAGCAACCUGGCUCGAGCUGUGCCCAAGGUUCAAGCGGUGCUGGUCCUUUGAAACAAGUUCCCAUCUCAUUCGGCCCUGGAGGCAAUACUGGGAACGUUCAGAAACAAGAAUUUCCUAAUUAUUCCGCCGGAGGAUACAGUCCGCAGGGAUCUCCAACAGGAUGUUCUGGUCCGUACAGCAAUUGCGGAGGUGCUUCUCAACAAGGACAAUAUCCUAGCAGUGGAUCGCCUCAAAGUAGUCCAUCUGGACCAUCGUAUGGUCCAGCAAGUGGACCCGGAAAAUAUCCAAGCAGUGGUUCACCUCAAGGUAGUCCAUCUAAACCAUCGUAUGGGCCAGCAAGUGGACCAGGACAAUAUCCAAGCAGUGGAUCACCUCUAGGUAGUCCAUCUAAACCAUCGUACGGGCCAGCAAGUGGACCAGGACAAUAUCCGAGUAGUGGUUCACCUCAAGGUAGUCCAUCUAAACCAUCGUAUGGACCAGCAAGUGGACCAGGACAAUAUCCGAGUAGUGGUUCACCUCAAGGUAGUCCAUCUAAACCGUCGUAUGGGCCAGCAAGUGGACCAGGACAAUAUCCAAGCAGUGGAUCACCUCUAGGUAGUCCAUCUAAACCAUCGUACGGGCCAGCAAGUGGACCAGGACAAUAUCCAAGCAGUGGAUCACCUCUAGGUAGUCCAUCUAAACCAUCGUACGGGCCAGCAAGUGGACCAGGACAAUAUCCGAGUAGUGGUUCACCUCUAGGUAGUCCAUCUAAACCAUUGUACGGGCCAGCAAGUGGACCAGGACAAUAUCCGAGUAGUGGUUCACCUCAAGGUAGUCCAUCUAAACCAUCGUAUGGACCACCAAGUGGACCAGGACAAUAUCCAAGUAGUGGAUCACCUCAAGGAAACCCACAUGGACCUUCAUACGGACCAACAAGUGGACAAGGAUAUCCUGGAAGUAGCCCAAGUAAUACUGGUCAUGGACCAAACACAGGUGUGCCUAAUGGAACACCUGGAAGCCCACGAUAUCCAGGAAGUCCUCAAAGCCCUAAUAGCAUUGGAAGUGGGACUGCUUCGAGCACAGCUUUCGCUGGAACAAACACAGAAACAUCAAGCUAUCCAAGUGGAAGCACCUCUUAUGAGGCUCCAAAGAAACCCACUUAUUCUGCCGUUAAGGGGAGUCCUUCGAGGCCUGAAACUACGCCAAAUGCAUACGGAAACAAACCUAAUUCUGGAAGUGGAUCAUUUCCGUCAACGGGUAAGCCAGCAUUUGGUUCUGGAAAUGCACAUCCAUCCACAAGUACGCCAACAGGUGUAGGCUCCAAACCUGGACGUCCUACUGCCAACGGAGAGAGUAAUAUAUUUUAUAUAAAUGUUAAUCCUGCUCCGGGUAGUCCGGUCGGAGUGAAACGUCCUAAAGGUACAGGAACAACGAAGCCUGCUUAUCAACCUGCACCUUAUGGAGGUACUGGCACAACAAAAUCCUCGUAUUCCAGCGGUCCUCGUGGAACCUCUCCAGGCUCACCAGGAAUAAACAACUAUCCGUCGAACCAAGUUCCAUUAGGCACACAACCAACAGGAGGCACAGCAGGUGGCUGUGCAGAUGGCAGUCAAAAUUGUGGCAGCAGUCCUUAUGGGAGUUCUGGACCAACGAAGCCUACUUACCAACCUGCACCAUAUGGAGGUACUGGCACAACAAAGUCCCCGUAUUCCAGCGGUUCUCAUGGAGCCCCUCCAGGCUCACCAGGAAUAAACAACUACCCAUCGAACCAAGUUCCAUCAGGAACGCAACCUACAGGUGGCUGUGCAAAUGGCAGUCAAAAUUGUGGUAGCAGUCCUUAUGGGAGUUCUGGACCAACGAAGCCUACUUACCAACCUGCACCAUAUGGAGGUACUGGCACAACAAAAUCCCCGUAUUCCAGCGGUCCUCACGGAGCCUCUCCAGGCUCACUAGGAAUAAACAACUACCCGUCGAACCAAGUUCCAUCAGGAACGCAACCUACAGGUGGCUGUGCAAAUGGCAGUCAAAAUUGUGGUAGCAGUCCUUAUGGGAGUUCUGGACCAACGAAGCCUACUUACCAACCUGCACCAUAUGGAGGUACUGGCACAACAAAAUCCCCGUAUUCCAGCGGUCCUCACGGAGCCCCUCCAGGCUCACCAGGAGUAAACAACUACCCAUCGAACCAAGUUCCAUCAGGAGCGCAACCUACUGGUGGCACAGGUGGCUGUGGAGGUGGCAAUCAAAACUGCGGCGGCGGAGGUGGAUGUAAUCAAAAUGGAUCUCCGGAUCACAAACCUUGUGACCAACAAGGUGCUCCUGUUGGCAUUGACAAAAUUUCUGGACCAGUAGGUUUCGGUGCAUCCCCGAAUGAUUACUCACAGAGUUCUCAGCCAGUAUUUCCUGGAGGAAGCGUUCCACCCUCUGGAGGCGGUGGACCUAGCUGCUUGCAAGGAGCCAAUAACUGUGCACCUGGUUCCGGAGGACCAUCGUACGUCGAUAAGAUUCAAAACGAGAAUAAAGGUCCUGGAGGUGUUCCAGAUGGAUCGUAUCAAUGGAAUCCCUUCCUAAGCGGAAAAGUCCCGAGUCUCGAGCACAGUGGUCCGUUUGCAACAACUACCAAUAAGCCUAUUGGCCAGGGAAAUCCGUUCCUGACGGGCACGGCGCUAGCUGGAACCUGGAGUUCGGGAACAGGUCCUACUGGCACCGGAAACGCUGCUCCUUCGGCAGGAAGUCCCUCGAAACCUAUCGGAAAAGACAAUCCUUUCUUCACCGGUUUGGGAAUCUCGCGAGGCGAUAUCCCAAUUACCGACACAGAUCACUCGCUGCCUGGAGGAGCAGGCGGUCAAGGAGGCGACAAGAGUGGUGGAAAUCCAUUUCUCAAUGGUCAAACUGCACCGCAAGGCUCUGGAUCCUACCAUCCUUAUCCUGGCACGGGCUCGAAUUCUGGAUCAGUCGGCGUUGGAGGUGUCAAGAGCCCGUCUGGAAUAAAUCGUGGCUUGGGAAGCGGUGGAGGCGUCGGAGUUGGCUCCGGAGACUUUGGAAAAUUGUCUGGGCAAGGUGGAGCCGAUCACGCAGGAUCGUUCGGUGGCGCGUUUAGCGGCGCUCUGGCUUCCAGCUAUGCCAAUUCGAACUCCGGCUCGACAUCCGGCCCUGCAGAACCCAGUUUCGGGCAAGGGAAUAGCAGAAAUUGGGGCUCCAGCGGUGCAGGAAGUCAAGCUGGUACCGGUUCCUGGGCCUCCAGCGGCGCAUCCGCUUACGCGAGCAGCAGUGCCAACAGCUGGGCAGGCGCAGGUGCAAGUGCAGGUGCAGGUGCAGCUGUGAAAGGAUAAUUAAUGAAAUUAAAGGACACUAUCGAAAAUGGAAGAAGGGGACGUUUACAACUAACUGGAAUUAAAUUAUAUUUUACACAAUUUGUUUAAACGAGCUACGUUAAAUUGUACGUUUAAUCAUAAUUUAUUUUACUUACUCAUCGUUUUUAAUCCCGUGCAGAAUAAAUUAUUGUAUUUUUCAUGGAUAGGAUCCUGUUUAGCUCGACAGUUAAUGAUUCUUCGAAUUGAUUGCGGUAUAAUUAUAUACCGAUCGUUAUCGAUAGUCAAUAAAUAAUGAUAGAGCCCAUCAGGUGGUUGAAUUUAUAGACGAAUGUGAGUUAUUGCUAUAGGAAAAUAAAAGAAUAUAAACAAAGAGAU